GCUUUAAAUCAUGUAACUUUUACAACAAUCUUAAUGAUGUCACUGUCAGUGUUGCAGUUAUCUGAUUCCAUGUGUGGUCGAAUUAUCCAGUUAUCUAGAGCUAUUCAUACUUUCCAUUUGCAAGAUCAUAUGGAUCCUCUUGGCAGAAACAUGAAAAGUUUCAUCAGACAAAUGCAAACUUUCUGCAUGCUUACCAAACUAUGAACUUUAUUCACAAUGAUCCCUUCCAGGGAAAGAAAAUUGGGAUAAAACCAUCAAAAAAAUCCAAUUUUUUUGGAGUUCAGGAACAAGCUGUAUUUACAAAAUAUUAUGAAAGAAGAGAAGAAUUAAGGGAAAAGAGAAUACAACUCGCAAACACAUAUAAUAUGUCACAGUUUGUCAAAAAAGCUCCAAACAGUAUUCGUCCAUAUCUGGAGUUGGCCCGAGUUGACAAACCAAUUGGGACAUUGCUUUUAUAUAUUCCUUGUGCUUAUAGCAUCUGUCUUGCUGCUCCACCUGGCCAACUUCCAAGUUUAUAUUAUCUGGGUUUAUUUGGUCUUGGAGCAUUCCUGAUGCGCGGUGCCGGUUGUGUGAUUAACGACUUAUGGGACAGGGAUUUGGACAAACGAGUCGAACGAACAAAAAAUCGGCCAAUUGCAUCCGGAGCUGUCAGCGAAAAAAAUGCGAUUAAAUUGCUGGCGGUGCAACUUUCAUUAUCACUGGGCAUUCUACUCACACUCAACCCAACCUGCAUUAUGAUCGGCUGUGUAGCAAUGCUUCCUGUUGUUGUUUAUCCGCUUGCAAAGAGAUUCACCAUGUUUCCACAAGCUGUGUUGGGAUUAACCUUCAACAUGGGAGCUUUGAUGGGUUAUGUGGCCGUGACCAACACCAUUAAUUGGCCGGUUCAACUAUCUCUAUAUGCUAGUUGCUUUCUUUGGACAAUGUAUUAUGAUACUGUUUAUGCCUUUCAGGAUGUAAAAGAUGAUGUAAAAGCCGGCAUCAAAUCAACUGCUCGGUUGUUCUCAAGGUAUACUGAAGAAGAAUUGAAAGAAAUGCCAUUGGAGGAAAGGAUUGAAAUGCAGAAUGUCGAAAAGCAACGUAUCUUGUUGUUUUUAAGAAUAUGUGCAGUGUCACACGUUGUGCUCUUUUAUGUUGCUGGCCAUUUAAAAUAUUUAGACGGCCCUUUUACUCUGGCAUGCUUGAUAGCAGGAUUUCAACUGGUGGUUCAGAGCUCGGUUAUUGAACCUACAAGCAGACAAGCCUGUUGGGAAGCGUUUGUUGCAAACAAAUGGAUUGGUUUGAUAUUGGUGACAGGAAUUAUCGUUGGAACUAUCACACAGACUCAAAAGUUGUCUAAAGAAAAAAAAAUGCUCCUGGAACGAAGAACUGCUCUUGACAAGCGUUAACUCCAGAUUUGAUAAAAAAAAAUUUAUUGUGCCGCUUUAUUGCUUUAAUUAAAAUAAACAAAAACAUUCGUAAUAUA